CAGCUAAACGCUAUCUGUGGAGAGUGGUGAGAGGAACCUUUCUGAAGCAGCCUGGAGAGGGAACACGCUAGUCAACAUUGCAUGGACACUUGGGUUUUUCCAAAGAUGCUGCUGAAAUAGUCUUUGCUGUUGGUUCCUUUCAGUCAUCAGACCAUGGGCUGCAUGAAAUCAAAGCAGACUUUCCUGAUUCCCAAAAUACUUGAGAGUGAGAAGCAGAAUGCAAGUAAAGAAAGCUUUAUAUUGGAUGACAAAUUUCUCUCCAAGAAGCCUUUUCCAGUUUGUGUCAAAGAAGAAGUGAAUGAACCCUCAAAGGCCAAUGCGAUCACCAAUUUUGCACAACACCUGUCCCAAAAAAUCGUAAGCGAAGCCAUGCAACAGUGGGCAAGCAACAACAUCAAGUACCAGGACAUCCCAUACAUUGAGAGUGACGGGCAGUAAUGAUGGAAGAGGUUGGCAGUCUCUUGGCCUGUAAAUACAGUUGGUGCUAAUUUCCACAGAGAAAUGAAAGCCCAAACUGGUGUGAAUAAAUGCAAGUAACUUAAUCUGUUCAAAGUAAUUUUGUAUUAUAAUAAUUUCUAUCCGCUUAGUCUCAAAUUUUGGUCUUUCAAAAGGCUAAGCGUAGGUUCUUUAGCAACAUAGGAGUUAGCUGUAUGUCUCACUGAGGAAGUAUUAGUAUUACCAAAGAAUUAAUAUUACCAAAAAAUUUAAAGAGAGCUUAAAUGAUAAUACAGCAGCAGGUAAGGUACUUACUUGCCUUGCAUAUAACUAAUCUGGAUUCAAUCGUCAGCAUCCCAUAUGGUCCCCCAAGCACUACCAGGAGUAAUGCCUAAGCAUCUGGGUGUGGCUCAGAAAACACACAAAAUAAAAAAUUAAAGAGC